AUGAAUGUCUUCUCUCAGCUCCAUAGCGCUCCAUUUUACUCUUGCCGGCUCCUCUCCUCCCGUAUCACCACUCCAAACCCUAAAUCGAAUGUCUCCUUUCGCCUCACUUUCCCCUCUCCUGCUACCCCCGCCGCCACCCUCUCCACUUCGGAUCUCUCGGCUGACAUCAACAAACCUGUUGUCGUCGUCGGCUCCGCAAACGCCGACAUAUACGUCGAGAUAGACCGGCUUCCCAAAGAAGGCGAGACUGUCGCGGCCCGCGAUGGCCAGACCCUCCCCGGCGGGAAGGGUGCUAAUCAGGCAUGUUGCGGUGGCCGCCUUGAGCACCCGACCUACUUUGUAGGCCAGAUCGGCGAUGAUGCGCAUGGACGACUUAUUGAGGAUGCGCUCCGUGGUGGUGGUGUUCGGCUUGACCGCCUCGCGCGAGUCUUUGCAGUUCCUACGGGCUUUGCUGUAGUCAUGCUGAAGCCUGAUGGUCAGAACUCUAUUAUCAUCGUUGGAGGUGCGAACAUGAAGGGAUGGCCGGAGAAGGUGCGUCGGGAGGAUCUGGAGAUGGUGGUCAGUGCCGGUGUGGUGCUGCUCCAGCGGGAGAUCCCGGAUCGAAUCAACAUACAAUUUGCUGAG